ACAGUCUAUAUAACAGUCUUUCAUUUUGUAGUUAGGAUAACUAAUCUAUCCUAACUAAUAACUAAACACGAUAAAUCGUGUAAACAUAAUUACUAUUAAAAUCAAUAAAAAACAACUAAACAAACCUCUUAGUAAAACAAAAUAAAUAUAAGUACAAACAAAAGCAAACUUCUGGCUAAAAUUAAAAGUGUGAACAAAAACAAAUUUCUUGGUAUAACAAAAUAAAAUAUAAGUUUAAACAAAUAUAAACGUUUUCUUCUUUUAAAAAUAAUCUAAAAAAUAAACGUAAUAAUAAAUAAAUAUUUAUAACAAUGGAUUGGAACAUUUUAAUAGUUAUAGCUAUUAAGGAAUAAUAUUUGGUCAAUCUUCUUUGGCGCUAACCUGUUUCUCCGUUCAUUACACAAAAGGCCUGCUUUUGAAAACAAUCUUUCUGAAGGUACAGAUGUGGCAGGUAUGCACAAAUAUUUUAGUACCAUUUUAUGCAAGAACGGAAACAAAAGUUUUUUUGUUCGUCCCAAUAUUUAAUUGGAUCCCUUUUUCGGUCCAAAUAUGGUAAGUCGAUAAACUGUUUUACCAUACUUGCUGCAGAAGUAAAUGGCGUCAUUUGAUGAGAGGCUUCUGUUAUUUUUUUGUCUAUGGGGCCUCAAAUUUCGUCAGAUUCGUCAUCACUAUGUCAUUUCAUUUAUGGUAGUUGUCACUUGCGGCUGAAGAAAUAACUGGUCCAUCAGUUGUGCAUAUAGAAAUAAUUUCCUUCAAUUCGUCUAUCACCCACAUUUGUGCACACAUCUCACAUCUUUUUCUUGAACCUUGGAUCUAAGAGUGUUGCUUUGGCUACCGUCCUGUUGAGUUCGUACACACCGAAACGUUUUUCGACCACAUCCAUUAAUUUUCUUUUCAAAAAGUUCCGGAAUCCGUUUUUAAAUUUUUUUUUUAGAGAUCGCGGUGCGUAAUCCUAACACUAAAGGUAUUACUGAUGAUAAAGUCGGAUACGCUUCUCCUGAUAAAAUAGAAGUAAUAUUUUCAAAGGGCUUUAGCAACAAAACAGCGUCUUCCACCAAAAGCCAUUCAUUAGAAUUUAAAUUGUUUGGAGGCGAGUCUAGAAGUCGUAUAGUGGCGGAUAGAGGAAUUUUUAAUUUUAAAAGCCGUUCCAGCAUAUAAAAUGUACUGUUCCACCUUGUGCGAACGUCUUGUUUCAGCUUUAACAUUUCUAGAUUCAUUUGUUUCUGCAUAUCUAUUAGAGUGUAACUUGAUUUGGUGCUGUGCUUGAAAUGGGUAACUAUAGUCCGGCAUUUAUUUAGUAAGUCGAAAAGAGGCUUGUUAUGAUCUUCUUCUACGUUCUCUAUCUUUGGUCUCAAUACAAUCUUUUACUGAAAGGUUGAUGGUAUGAGCAACACAGUAAUGAUUUCUUUUGAAUAAAAAAUCAUUAACCGCUUUUUUCAUAGACGCGGCAUUGUCCGUGACCACGGUAACAAUUUUUGAUUCUAUUUGCCAUUCAUUGAAAAUAUGGCGUAGGGCGCUUGCUAUAUUCUCCGCAGUGUGCGUUUUAUCAAUUUCGGCAGUGGCAAUAACAAGUGAUCUUAAAAUGUUUGAAUCAAUGAAAUGUGCGGUUACACUUAUAAAACUUUUAUUGCUGUCAGAAGUCCAAAUGUCGGAGGUAAUAGCUAUGUAUUCGAUAUUAAGUAAUUGUUUUUUGACUUCUCGAGAACAAAUUAAAUAUUUUUCCUCUAACAUUUGCACUAAAUUCUUACGGCUAGGGAUUACAUAGUCCGGGUUUAAGGUAUGAGUAAAUUUCCGGAACCCUUUAUUUUCUACUAAUUGUAAAGGCUGGUAGUCCAUUAUUAUCAUAUUUAGCAAAGCAUCAUCUCCCGAUUUUUGCUUUAAUUUGGCAGGGACAGCCAAUAUGGGCCUCAAGUCUAUUUUCAAAAAUUGUGUCAUUCCCACACGAUCCCAUUGUCAUUUUGCUAUAAGUUCGUAAUCUGUUAAUUCACAAUGGUCGAUCAUUGAUCAGUCAAUGGUCUCGUAAUGGAAUUGUAGUAGAAUGACAUUUUCGUAUUGCCAUUAUAUAAAACCAGUGUGGUAGAAAUUAUUUUCGAAAAACUACCACUAUAUUUGAAAAUUUAUUCAUGCCAGAUUUUACAUAUAUUAAUAUAAGUAAUCUGAAGUAGUAAAAAGUUUGAAUAUACCAAAAAACAUUAAAUAUACAUGUACAUAAAAAGACUUAGUAUUAUUUUCUCUUUGUCAGCUUGGCUGACAAAGUCAAAUGUGACAUUUACCUAUACCUACUUACUCUUUGAUGUGACAUUAUUUACAAACAUUGUUAAAUUUGUUAAUAACAAGUAGUAAUAACAAAGACAAACUGAAUGAAAAUGGUGCUGAUUGAACAAAUUUCGGCCCUUAUUGAUUUUUUGGAAAACCACCAAGACCUGGCGCUUGGCCACUGCAGCCGCACCAAUGAAGGGCGAAGUCUUAUGAGACGGUACUGGAUGGAGUGUGCCCAAAUUUUAAAUGCGGUGUCGGUGGACUGCCCUAAUAAAACGCCGGCAGAGUGGCGCUCAUUCUACAACGAAUAUAAAUACAAGCUUUUAAAAAAAAUUAAAUCACAGAAAAGUGAAUUGAGUGCUACAGGUGGUGGUCCUGCAAAAAAAAUUAUAUUGACCCCGCUCCAAGAGCGCUUAUAUAAUAUCUUAGGGCGAGAUGUAGGAGAGCCACUUCAAGGUGUCCGACAUAACCCACUCAGUCCAAUUAUCACAAUUCCUUUGGUGGAAGCUAGUCCUAGCAACCAUUUGAACAACUCCUGCUCCCUAUUACAAAAUUAUGAACACGAGCUUGUGGAAACUGUGGAACUUGUGGAAACUGUACAACAAGAAAUAAGCUUGGAUCAGGAAAGUGUUGCUGAGCCUUCCACCAGCAACCAGCCUCCGAAGCGACGCAAACGCCAAAAAUCAACACGGCGUAACGCAGCAGAAGAUACAGCAGACCAUGCAGCUCUUGAAGCUGCUCAAUCGAGGCUGGAGGCUAUAGAAGCGAGGAACGCCGAAGCCACUUUAAAAACUGCGGAGGCAAUCAAUAAUUUAGCUGCGGCCAUCAGCAGACAAAGCUCCACCACUGAAAAAGUGGUGGAACUUUUGGACCGCUUUGUGACGUCUGUGUCAAAAAAGAAACUCCGGAGGUUGUUAGCAUCAUCCGAUUCUGAGUCAGACUAGUUUCCAGAACUAUGCAAGAGUCUGUCAACAAGAGCUUGCUGUAGUGCCCGACCUUCAAGAAGGUCCCGGUUCACCCUUCGAUGAUCUUGGUCAUUUGGUGCUGCAUAAUUAUUUUCCUCCUUAAAUUAAAAGACUGAUUUGUUAUUUUAAUUAUAUUAUUAAAAAUGUUUGAUUUGUUA